AUGAAGCUAUCCUGGAAUAUUGGCGCCCUUCUUGGGAGCGCUGCUAUUGCGUCUGCCGAGGUCUAUCCGCCGUAUUAUGCCAAUCUUACCUGGCAGCCCCCGCGGACGCUCUCCAACUGGUCCAAUUUGACCGUGGAGACGCAGACGGGCACCUUCAUCGGCAUGCUGAAUGAUACCUAUCCCAAUGUUCGCCAAUUUCUGCGCAUCCCGUAUGCCAAGCCUCCUGUCGGUGACCUUCGCUGGAUGCCUCCACAAAAACCCGAAAAGUCGCGCAGAAGAUAUGACUCGACUCGAUAUGGACCAGCUUGUCCGCAAUAUGUGACCGGUGAAAGCACCAUGUGGAACAAAUAUUCACCCCCUAACCUUUUGGUCAACUUGGGAGAAAACCUGAACCAAGGGGCAGUGGCUUGGUCGACGUCGGAAGACUGUCUGUCAUUGGCAGUCUGGACCCCAUCCUAUGCCAAUCGCACCUCGAAGUUGCCUGUGGCAUUGUUCGUGACUGGUGGAGGAGGUAUCACUGGAGGAAUUGAAAUCCCCUCUCAGCUGCCCUCGCCGUGGGUGUCUCGCUCGCAGGAACACAUUGUCGUGACUAUCAAUUACCGUGCCAACAUCUUUGGAAAUCCCAAGUCCCGGGCCCUGAACGACACGUCGCUCACGCUGCUGGACGUGAGGGCGGCGGCGGAAUGGGUGCAUGAGAACAUUGAGGCUUUUGGUGGAGAUCGCGACAAUAUCAUGCUCUGGGGUCAAUCCCAAGGAGCCGCCCUGACACACCUCUACACCCUCGCCUUCCCCGAUGACCCACUAGCAGUCAAAUUCGGAAUCAUCUCACAGCCACCAUCAGUCACCAUUGACCUGAGCACCACCGAUGACGUCUAUCAGGACUUUGACAUUGUCGCCAAGGCCCUAGGCUGCAACUACGGCGAUGAUGCGGAAGCCGAGCUGGAGUGCAUGCGCCAGGUCUCCUGGGUGCAGAUUGAGGAGUACAUUAAUCGGUACUCGGGGUCACCCUCGAUUGCAUUCAGCAAUUACAUCCCCGACGAGAAGUACAUCUUCUCCAACGAAUCAAAGCGAUACCUCGAAGGCAAGGUCGCCCGAGGCCCAGCCAUCCGCUCCGACGCAGCCCGCGAGGACGCAUCGGCGAAUACCACAAGCGUGAUGAUCAGCGAAGGGGAAUGGGAUUGCAGAGCUGCCCAGGACUCGGCUCUGCGCAAGUCGCUCGGGCUCGAGACGUACCGGUACUUCUGGGCCGGCAACUUCACCAAUAUUAGUCCCGUCGACUGGCUGGGAGCGUUCCACUGGUCGGAUUUGUUGAUGAUCUUCGGAACUUAUCGCGAAGACGUCGGAGAGGUCCCGGGGCUGGAGGUGAAGACUUCUGAGACUAUGCAGGAUCAUAUUCUGGCUUUCUUGAAGGAUUCUUCCACGGUUAAUGUCACGGUCGGAUGGCCGGCCUUUGAUGCGGAUGCUCCUGGGGGUGGGCAGAUUCUGGAGUUUGGCGAGGGUACCCCGGUGCGUAAGGUGACUGGGGACUGGUUGGAUGGGGGAUGCUACAAUUCUUCGAUUCCAUUCCGUAUUUGGACGUGA